CCGAGAAGAGCCACCCAAUACGCUUUUAGAAGAGGGCAGGAAGCGCCUCGCUGCAGCACAGGCAAUCCGGGGCGAAGGCCGGUGGCGGCGCUGGCAGCAGGUCCUGGCACCUCUGACGCCCUCGCCUUAACAUGCUGUACCUGGUCGGACUGGGCUUGGGAGAUGCGAAGGACAUCACGGUGAAAGGUCUGGAGGUGGUGAGGCAGUGCCGCAGGGUGUACCUAGAGGCCUACACGUCCAUCCUCACUGUAGGGAAGGAAGUGCUGGAAGAGUUUUAUGGAAAAGAAUUGAUUUUGGCUGAUCGAGAAACAGUGGAACAAGAAGCAGAUAGCAUUUUAAAAGAAGCUGGUGUUUGUGACGUUGCUUUUCUUGUGGUUGGUGAUCCCUUUGGAGCCACGACGCACAGUGAUUUAGUACUACGUGCAGUAAAACUGGGGAUUCCAUACAGGGUCGUUCAUAAUGCUUCAAUAAUGAAUGCAGUGGGCUGCUGUGGUUUACAGUUGUACAAUUUUGGAGAAACGGUUUCUAUAGUUUUCUGGACAGAUACAUGGCAGCCAGAAAGCUUUUUUGACAAGAUCAAGAAGAACAAGCAGAAUGGAAUGCACACACUGUGCUUACUUGACAUUAAAGUGAAGGAGCAGUCUCUGGAGAAUCUAAUGAAGGGAAGGAAGAUAUAUGAGCCACCACGCUACAUGAGCGUGAACCAAGCUGCAGAACAGCUUCUUACCAUUAUUAAAAAUAGGAGGCUCCAAGGAGAAGAACCAGAAAUUACUGAAAACACAAUUUGUGUUGGCCUCGCACGUGUGGGUGCUCCUGAUCAGAAAAUUGCUUCAGGCACGCUGCAUCAGAUGUCCACUGUGGAAUUAGGUGGUCCGCUACAUUCCAUGAUUGUAACAGGUUCUAUGCAUCCUCUGGAAUUAGAAAUGCUUAAGCUUUUUUCUGUUGACAGCUGUUCUAACUCUGAAAAUAAUGCAUUGAAAAGGACCCUUUAAAUAAAAACAGGUUUUUUUUUUAUUCCAUCUUAGAGCUUGCUUAAAUACACUUAGAUUGUAUGUUGCUGUGAAAGACAACAUGACCUGAGGCUACAAAAUGCAAGAUGUACCUGCUACUAUUAGCUUAUAACAUGUAAAAACUUCUCCAAAAGCCUUUAAACUGCAGGACCCCUUUGUCUGGUUCAGUGUAUUUACAUCCACAUAAGCUUCAAGUUGAUGACUAGGGUAAGAAGAUGCAAGGACAGACCUGAAGAAGUGUGGCAGAUGUCUAUUCAGCAUCACUUUUGCUACAAUGUUAAUUGGGCUUCCUGCAUGUAUUGUAGUAAGUGUAUUUUAGGUGUUGAAUUUGGUAUUUCAGCUUUCCCAGAAUCCAGGAGUUCUUUCAUUAAUGCAGAACAAUACAAUAGCAUGCAAAAACUGAGGUCUGUAUCCACCUUUACACAGAGCAGAGUGAGAAUAUUCUUUACUUUUGUGAACCAAGAAAAACAAACUCACCCUUUGGACAGCUGGGGAAAAAGAGGUGGAAGCCACAUAAAUUUCUCAUUUCAGAAGGCUGCAACUUAUAAUAGAACCGCCUUUCUCUGUGGGUUAGUGCUAGCAUUUAUGAAGCACUGGGCUUGAAGUGCAGCAAUAAUUCUCAAAAAACAAAGACGCUGAGAUUUUUCUUCAGAAUCAUCUAGCAGAUGAUGGUGGCUGCUAUUCAAACUGGUCAUACUGAGAAGACAAUAGAACAGGCAUCUAUGCAGGUCUUUUUAAACUGAAAAUUUAUUGAAAAGAAACUUGAUCCCAUACUUUCAGUGAUAUAGGAUAUAUUAUAUAGACAUAUUCAAGUAGAAAAGAUUACAUUACAAUUUUCUAAUAUUGCACUUGGGACAAGUCAUGGCUAAGCUACUAACAUUAGUAUUCCAGAACAAAAUCAUAUAUGGCCUUCAGAAUUUUAGUGACCUUCCUUGUGUUAGCAGAUUUCGUCACAGGUAUUUGGACACUGCUCUAUUCAACUUAAGCUCACUGCUAAGAGUAAUUCCACGUAGCUGAAAGUAACUGCAAUUGAAAACAAGGCAAGCAAUACACUGUAUCCUACCAGGCAUGAUUUUUAGCAGUUUCUUCAUUCACAUUAUUUCACACUCCAGCCAAAAUAUUGUAGCAAUUCAUUUAACUCUUGUACAAGACCCUACCAUAUGCAUGAAAGAUUUCAAUGCAUGUGGGAAGUGAAAUAUGCAACUCCCCUUUACACAUUAUUUCCGCCAAGUUACCACAUAGGCAGGAACUUUUGUGGCUCGCUAAAUCACACAAGGAGAUUUGUGCAAAUGCUGAUGAAACAAAACCUGUAGUCUUCACCUGCCAGACAAAACAGAAGCACAGGUACCAUUUUUUUCAUGUUACAGCAGUCUCUGGCCAAUGAAGGCCCAACAUGGAUGGCCACUGCAACAAAGCCUCAACAGGGGAGAAAAACCCCAAGGGAAACCCAGGAGGUUGCAGAGAGGGAUUUUAGGACAAGUGUAAAGGGAAAACUAACUGGUGAGUCAGUAUUAGGGAGUCAGAAAACUGGAUUAUGAAAUAUAUUUAUGUAUAAUAUAUAUCCCUCUCUACUCUCUACCCACACCUAAAAGGGGGGGUGGGUGGGAUAAGAGGAAUCAUAGUAAAUGACAUUUUGAUAGCUGCUGGAAAAAACAAGACAGGGCUUAAUUAGUAACUAAAAGCAUUGCUCUGAACUGGUAUUUAAAGAUAUUGUUAGAUGAGUAUUGAUUAGGACUUGCAUAUAAUAAAGAGUAAUGCCCAACUUAAUUCACGUUUCACAAAAGCAUCAAGCUUUCUGCAACUUAAAUCUGCACUCAGUACGAAGGAAAAGCCAUGAACUUCACAAUUUGAUUGAGCGGUCUAGGUUAAGGGUAGAAAAAGUGCAGUUCAGCAGUAGCUUCUCUCCCCUCUGAAACCUUGUUUACAUUCCCAAAACAGGCUUACUUACCAACAAGUUAAAAGAAAUACCAUUGCCUUCCUCCAUCUUUAAACCCAGCUUUACUACUUCAGAAAAAAAAUUAAGAAUAUUAAAACUCACUAAGGUCCAUUUCAUUAGUAGCAGUAGUUUCAAUCUGUAUGUAAAGAAAAGAACCACUUACAAGACAGCUAGAAAGUUUAAGUUUAGAAAAAUCACAAUGGACAUUGUCAUUGGCUCUUACAAGUGAUUAGAUUAAACUUUAGUUUCAGUAAACAGGAUUCCACAAGAAGCAGUCAUUUAUUUGAACCAGCACUUUUUGCAUUAGUUUAGCAAAUCACGUGAGUAGUCUAGCUCUUUAUCUGGGCCCUAUUUGUACAAAGAACAAGUCUUACCCAUAAGUAUAAGUUUUCAGAAUUAGCCUACAAAGGAUUGCUGGUUUUUUUUUUUUUUUUGUUACUAUUUUUAGUCUUAAGGAGAAGAGCAGUUUUCUUCCCCCAUUAUUUAGCAUACCAAACAUUCGGGGCAUUUUAAGUAUAGAACGCUAGAGCACUUUUUUAAAAAACUUUCCAGAAAUGCAGUUAAGACUUUUGCAGGUUGCUGCUUAGAAAAGUGAAAUAACAUUUUGCAGCAGUUCCUGUAAAAAGCAUGCAGUUUGCAGGCUUAGCCUUUGAGACAGUACAGUUGUAAGUUGCUGUCUUCAGUCACAGAAGAAAACCCCUUAUACAGACCAGUAACCCUACGGUGGGUGAUGUUCAGCUCCAUAAAAAACAUAAGCAAAUUGUAUUUGGAAAACUUAGUUCAAAAUCCAGUACUGGUACCAGAAAAGUCAAUUUUAGCAGAUAAAUAAUCUGCUAAGACAUUCACCUAUCAUUGGAUGUUUUAGUCAUUCAUACAGAUCUAUUCCCUCCCCCAAAAAGCUUCUCCACUAACAUGUUAUAUAAUAACAUAUUGUGUGUUUUAUAAUAAGCAAAGUAUUACAUAAUUAGCAAAACACAAAAUAAUGUUCAAGAUACAAAGGGUUUCACUUUCAAUUGCAUGAUUUGUAGUCUUGUAAAACCAAGGCAAGUAGGUGAAAAAAAAUUA